AUGACUCAAAACUUCUCAUUUUCGGAAUACUAUAAAAGUUCUUAUCUUAUCAAUUGUGAUAAAAAAUCGAAUGAAAAUUGUUUUUCCUCAAAACAUGGAUUUCAAUUUUCCGCCAGGCUUAUUUCAACAAUUUCGCUGCCUAUCCAACUUUUUGCAUUUUUUUGUAUCCUCAAAAAAACGCCGAAAAAUAUGAACUCGGUGAAAAUGAGUCUUUUGAAUUUGAAUUUUUGGUAUUUAUUGACUGGAAUACUGUAUGCAUUUUUGUCGACACCAUACUUUUUCUAUCCGCAUUUAGCUGGAUUUUAUAUUGGAUUUUUGAGUGAUUUUGAAGUUUCAAAUGCCGUUCAAAGCUUUAUAGGAUGUCCAGUUAGUUUUGCAAUGAUCAUCUCGAUAAUGUCGCUAUUUGAAAACCGGAGCAGUUUGAUUAUCAACAAUAUUUUUAGUAUCAAAAAAGCUAGAACCAGAAUUUUAUGGAUUUCUGGCAAUUUUCUGGCGUGUAUGGGACUGGUUACACCGAUUUAUUUAAAUUUACCGGAUCAGGAAAUAGGCAAAAAAGAUUUGUUGAAGGAGCUCCCCUGCCCUCCAGUCUCCUUCUUCACCGAGUCCAUCCUCAUAUUCGCCUUUUCUGGUUUCUGGGAAACUUAUUCAACUACAGUAAUUAUUCUAGUCAAUACCAUUCUUCUUUUCCAAACCCUUUUCUUCUCCACCUGCUGUCUCUACUAUCUUCUUUACGCCAAAUCCAACCACGUGUCUUCUGAAACUCGACGUCUUCAGAUUCGCUCAUUUUUUGCUACCGUACUCCAAACUACAAUUCCUAUAAUGUGUCUUUUGAUUCCUACUAUCAUAUUUAUGUUGAAAAAUGAUAAUGAGCAAUUUAGUCAGACUAAGAAUAAUUUAACAUUUUUACCGGCAAUUUUACACAAGGGAAUUGGAAGUUUAUGUAUUAUUUUGGUCCAUUAUCCUUAUCGAAAAUUUUUAUUUUCUCUGAUUUAUUGUGAGAGAAACAAGAAAACGAUUGUCAAGGUUUCACAUUGUUCUGCGCAACAUUUUUGA